CAAGAUUAAUACACAAGAACUAAAGAUCAACCACUUCAAACUAAGCCGUCAAAGUUUCCUAUCUCCUCUUUGUUUAUCUUUAAUUUGGGAUUACUGCAAUAGCAUCACAUACAAUGGCAGCAUCACCUUCCAUGCAAUCGCUUCUAGCUAGCUCGGUAGUUUAUGGAGCUGGAAAGAGCAGAUCAGUGAGAGUUAGCCACCUUGUUCCUGCUAAUAGGUUCCGUCGCAUGGUUGUCCGCUCCACGGCCGAGAAUGGUCAGGAGGAGCGACCAUCUUCUUCAAUACCAGAGGCAUCCAAAAUCCCACCACCGCCUCCUACACCUACUCCUUUUCCUCCUCGUCCAAAGAAGGCCAGCACUAAGUUCUCAGAUGUGUUUGCAUUCAGUGGGCCAGCCCCGGAGAGAAUCAACGGCAGACUUGCAAUGGUAGGGUUUGUUUCAGCUUUGGCAGUGGAGCUAUCCAAGGGCCAGGAUGUGUUUUCUCAGAUCUCCGACGGUGGAGUUUCGUUAUUCCUUGGAACUAGUAUUUUGCUCUCAGUGGCAUCUGCGAUUCCUCUAUUCAAAGGAGUCAGCGUGGAGUCCAAAUCAAAUGGGCUCAUGACGUCUGAUGCCGAGCUCUGGAACGGAAGGUUGGCCAUGUUAGGUUUGGUUGCUUUGGCCUUCACUGAGUAUGUGAAGGGAGGGACUCUUGUUUGAUUAGGUCCUAAUUCGUACGGGUGUUUUGUAGCUUUAAUUAUUCCUUGGAAAAGUUUCCACAUGUAAUUAGGGUUUACCAGUUUUUAUAAGAAAUUCGGGAUGUCGUCAA